CAAGAUAUGGGUGCUGUUAAUAUUUAAAAAUAAAUUGUGAUGUUUGCCUGAUAAAUUUCUCCGAGAAAUGUGAGUCGUUCGAAAUAAUUGGUUGGAAAUGAUCGUGGAAAUUGAAGAGGAUUCGCGAGAUUUUGCGACGGUCUACAAGAAAGAUUAUCUGGGGAGGAAAGGUGAAAGGCCAAUUGCAAGCAGACCGUUACCCAAGUAUCGAUCACCUUUAAACAUCUUGAACGGACCGUACAAGCAGUAUUUGAAUACACGACUGGAAAAUCGAUCAUUACCUGAGAACGAACGAAGCGAGGAUCCAUCUGAUACUUUAAACAGAAUACGCGACAAGUUCCCCCAUCUAAGAAAUGUUUUACCAGAAAUCGUACCGGAUGAAAACGUGAUAGAACGCGAGAAGAAAAAAUCAAUAACGACUAUAUUUCAAUCGGAUUACUGGAGGGAUAUAAAAACUUAUCGUAUAGACGUGACGUUACCACAAGACUGUAUUAUACCCGAGACAAUUCAAAGACGUGCAUACCGAGAUCCGUGGGUCAUCGCACCACGAGACUUUAUAAAGCGGCCAAAAAUUGUCAAACCGUGCAAUAACUUGGAUCCUAAUCCCAAAGAAAGAGAAAUUCUUCGUGUAAUAACUGGCGAUUCCGAGUACAUUAAUACGAUCGGAAUAACAGGGGAAAGAAUUAUGCUAGGAAGUCCCUCAAAUAUGAAAAAACGCAUUACAUUGCAAAAGUCAUUAAGGGAUCCUGAAAUAACUGAAUCGGAAUGUUCGCUGAUAUUGAAACAAAAUUUAGCCCUCCCGUCGAAAAUAUUCUGAGCUUUAUAGUUUUAUAAUUAAGACAUAAUAAGAUACAUAUGUGUGUGUGUAUGUAUGUAUGCAAGAUGUGUCCAGGUCAUAACUACAAUAAAUCAUAUGUAUACGCAAGUUAUUAGAAAACAGAAUUCAUAUUUUUAUGCUUAUAUAUAAUAAUUUCAUACUGCAACUCCACUCUCAAUUAUUUUAAUAAACCACUAAUUAUUUGCUAGAUUACUUUCAAUUACAACUGUACAAACUUUUCACAUUUAUAUCAGUACACAUAGCGCAGUAUACGGAUACAUAAUUUAUACUUUUAUGCAAUUAUUUACAUAUUCGAUACAGAUCCGCUUUAUGAAAUAAUUGCCGAUAAAUGUAAAUACUUUAUAUUUCAUAUAUGUAAUAGAUUUAUCCAUUAAAUAUUUUUUUAUAGUUGACAUUACAUAAACAUACAGAAAUCAACAAACUUAUUAAUCUUUAUCAAUUUUUUGAACCAAGAAUCAAUUAGUGAUCAUUUGAUCAAGAUUAUAAUAAUUGACAAACAUAAUUGACACAGUGAAAUAGAAUGAAAAGUUAACGAAAAACAAUAAUAAAAUAAAUAGUUUUGAACUUAUAUUCUGCAUAGAGUUGAAGAAUAAUUAAAAUUUUGAAAAGAAUAAAAUUGAAAAAAGAAACAAUUUUCAACUGUAUAAUCGUAAAUUAUGCAUUUAGAAAUUAUUUAUCUAUCAAAUGUCGGGGAGUUUCUGAAUUAGGGAAAUUAUAUUUAUACAAAUAUGCAAAUAUUUUGCAUUUUAUUCAAUAA